AUGAAGGUCUACGAGUUAAUGAAGAAGCCCUUACAAUCUGGACUCAUCGAGAUGUCUGAUUCCGCUGUUCCUAUCGUGGUUGUCCUGAAGAAGAAUCGAGUAGACAUUCGCAUGUGUAUCGAUUAUCGUCUCGUGAACAAUUUCAUUGAGCUGUCGAACUACCCAUUGGCAUCGAUCGACGAUCUCCUGGUGGGUUUCCAGCAAGCCAUGUGCUUCAUGUCAUUAGACAAGGCCAGCGGAUUUUGGAACAUACGCAUGACCGAGCGAGCCAAACGGAUAUCGGCGUUCGUGUGUCCGUUGGACAUUUCCAAUGGAUCUGAAUGCCGUUUGGCCUCAAAAAUGACCCGUUGA